AUGGAAGUAAUUCCGAAGGACAGGAUUUUGCAACUGUAUCCAGAUACUCUGUAUCAGGUUCGUAAGGAGAUUAAUCUGGAAAAGCCAGGUGAAAUGAAACGAGCUGUCAACAUUUUGAAGGAAUGGAUAAAACAACAACCUCACUUUAUAAAGAAGGAUUUUCCUGACUUCUACAUAGAAACUGCUAUCGUCGGUACUAAAGGUUCGAUAGAACGAGCUAAGAAGCAAUUCGACAAGGUAUGCACCAUGAAGACCUUGAUGCCACAGUUCUUCAACACGCACGACGUCAGGAAGGAACUAGCAGUCGAUUUGGAGAAAGCUAUUUAUUUAGCAAUGCUACCGAAACUAACCAAAGAACACUACAGAGUAUUUGCUACCAAGGUUAUAGGUGUCUUUGAAAAUUCUUCGUCUUACACGAAAUACUUCAAGUUCUGCCUUCAUAUGGCUGAAUACGCGAAGAACCACGACUACGUUGGAAGUUUUAGGAUGGUCGCGGAUUUGACUGAUUGCAACCUCAUGGAUUACAUUUCGAAAAUCAAUAUUCUAGAGAUAAGACAAGUUAUGUCUAUAUUCAUGGAUGGCUACGGAAUGAAGAUUAAAGGCAUCCACUUCAUAUCUCAGUCCAAAGCAAUAGAUGCUCUCUUGACGAUAUUCAAACAAGUCCUGAAGCCGAAGAUAGCUGGUAGAAUGCAUGUUCAUAAGACGUGUAGUGAAUUACAUGCUAUAAUAGAAAAGGAUGUUCUGCCGAUUGAUUUUGGAGGAACUGAACGUUCCAUGAAAGAAUUAUUUGACGAGUGGGUCGAUGUCCUAUCAACAGACGAACACAAAGAGUACAUCAAACAUAUAAACAGCGCAGGAACAGAUGAAUCUUUGAGACCGACAGACAAAUUUAAUCAGGAAUACGCAGGAUUGCCUGGAACGUUCAGAUUACUAACUGUUGACUGA